AUGGUAGUCGCCCUCUUCGCGAAUCGUGGCACGGAAGUCCCCUCUGUUCAGGAAUAUUACGGCAGUCUCGAGUCUCGCAUAGGAUACUGGCUCUUCUUGGGAAACACUCGCCAUUGUGGCCUGUAUGAAAAAGGGACGAUAUGGCCAUUCCCUCUCAGCGCGGCGCAAAGGAGGAUGGAGGAGAAGGUAUACAACAAGCUGGGCUUGAAGCCAGGGGCUCGUGUUCUUGACGCAGGGGCAGGAUCGGCAUACGUUGCUAUGUAUAUGGCUAGAAAAGGGCUCAUCGUCGACGCAAUUGACAUUACACCUUUUCAUGUUGAGGAUGCCAAACAAAAUGUCAAAGCCCAUGGCCUCCAGGACAAGGUAACCGUUUCGUUCGAUGACUACCACAACCUAACCCAAUUUGCCGAUAACUCUUUCGACGGUGUUUAUACCAUGGAGACAUUUGUACAUGCCGAUGACAGUAUGCGUGUGUUGCAGAACUUUUAUAGAAUACUGAAACCGGGUGGUGUCUUGGUUCACCAUGAGAAUGAUAUCAUACAUGAUUUGGAGGGUGUACGGGAAACAUCCAGGCUCUGGCAUACCCCAAACACCCUCCCGCGAGGGGAAUUAUCUCAAUCGUUGGAAACGGCCGGCUUCAAGAAUGUGGAGCUAGAAGACCUCACUGACGAAAUAUUACCUAUGUGGAGGUUUUUAGGAUUUAUGGGGUAUUUGCCAUACCAGGUUUUCCGACUACUUGGUAUUAAGGAGCGCUUUACGAACACCCUGAUCGGCGUUGAGCGGUAUCUGGGCUGGGGCGAGAUCGGAUAUAUAUCUGUUAAGGGAGUCAAGCCUUGA